AUGGCUCUAUGCUUGGCUAAUUCAUUGAUUGAUUGCGGGGAUUUUGUGCCAUAUGAUCAAUUAGUUCGUUACAAAUGGUGGUAUCGACAUGGUUAUAUGUCAUCGACUGGACAUUGCUUUGAUAUAGGUGCGGCUACAAAAAACUCUAUUCAAGAAUUUGAAAAAAGACAAAAAAAAUUUGCGAACGACUGGAAUAUUUCAUAUGAGGAAAUAGAUUAUAUAUCGAGUCCAGAUCUUCUUCGCAAGUUUGAUGUGAAUUGCAGUAAAGACGGAGUAGCCGGCAACGGUGCUCUUAUGCGCCUGGCACCUGUACCGCUUUUCUUUUAUAGAAAUCCUGAAAAAGCCGUCAAAUAUUCGGGUGACAGUGGUCGAAUUACUCAUGGAGAUGACAAAGCAUAUGAUGCAUGUCGCUAUUAUGGUGCUCUCAUUGUCGCUGCACUUCACGGUAUACCGAAAGACAAACUGAUCAGCGAUAGAUUUUAUGACGAUAAUAAACAAUGGUUCGAAAAUCAGCCACUUCAUGUGGACAUUUUGCGCAUUGCUAAAGGUUCGUACAAGAAACCUGGUGGUUAUGAUGAUGGAAUUCGAGGCAAAGGCUAUGUAGCUAGUGCUCUGGAAGCUGCUUUGUGGGCAUUUUGGAGUGACAAUAAUUCGUUCGAGGAAGGUGCUCUCAAGGCUGUUAAUCUGGGCGAUGAUACCGAUACGACAGCAGCCAUCUAUGGUCAAUUGGCCGGUGCUUGCUAUGGAUAUCAGAAUCUCCCUAAGAAAUGGCUCAAACAUGUCUAUGCCAAGAAUUUCAUCUAUCAUGUCAGUAACUGGAUCUUUUACGAAGGAAAUAGUUGGUCACUUAAUCAGAAGACACCGAAAAACGGUGCAUUAAUGAAUUCUUACAAUCUUGCUCAUAAUCACUCUUCCAUCUCGAGACCAGAAGGCGAUAUUAGUAACGAUUAUGGAUCUAUGAUUAACUUGUCAUUUCUCACCAUCGCACGUAAGGCGAUAGAUCCUUCGGGCUAUAUUGGAUGUUUGUAUAAUGGACGACAGGACUGUAUCAUACCAUCAUCAAAUAUUUCUAUCAAAAUGAAGGAAAAUCCCACAUAUCCGCCAAUUCAAUGCCAUGUUAAGAGUAGCAGCAACUGUGACUUGCGAAAUUUGCUUCGAGUUGCUGGUUUCGGCAGUGAACUUCGGUUGAGUGUGGCAUCGGGUAUCGUGAAACCGAUGGGCAUUGCUUCAGUUGUUCAUUAUCCGUUCGUCAUCGAUGAAAACACUCGCGUAUUCUAUUAUUCCUAUUCAGUUCGAAAAGAAGGUUUACUUGACGAGCAAUCCUUUCAACGAUCGAAGCAUAUGCCUGAAGCUACUCAUGUUAUCGUUGGCAUUGAUUGGGGUAUCGAGGUUAUUGCUGUAUUACAAUUGCCACCUACUGAUUCGAAGUCGAUUGAUAAACUGUUGAAUGAAAUAUGUGCACUUUUGAACGAUGAUAUGGAACUACCUGAUAAUAUGGUUUCACUUAACUGUAUUCUUUCGAUGCAUAUCUAUUCUAAUAUACCUUCUUUAACAAAAUUGAAGUCAAUGAUCAAUUUAUAUGAAGCAAUACGCAAUUGUAAAAAGAAUAUUGCUAACCAUCAGCCAUGUAAUUAUAUCCUUCAUCCUGUCAUGACACUCUACUCCGAUAAUAAUCAAAACGAUUGUAGACUGAUUUCACUUGGAACAAAACUUACUGGGAGAAUCGAAGAUAGUUUGCUUCUAUUAUCAGAUGUUGAGAAGAUGUGGACAACAUUUUGCGAAGAUGAAACCUACACUUUACUGGAAAAGAAAGAAAACGAUUUCAAAAUAUAA